UGCCAGUCUGAACCGGUUUCAACCGGUCUUGCGUGUGAUGCAUGAGACUAGAGAGGAGCUGGGUCACAGUCUCUCGCAGAUAUCUGCUUUCAAAACAGCGGCUUUUCUGCAAUAGACAAAAGAAUAAACUAACGAUUGGUUGGAUGCUGUUGUUAUAAAGCGGAAUGAGUAGUUAAAGCGAGCUGUAAACCGUCAUACAGCGAGACAGAUGAACUAACACGAGCUGCUGACUGAAAGAGGACCUGGACUCAAUUACUGAAGACAAUAAUUAAAAAUAACACCGAAAUCGUAUGUUUUGGGGGGGGUUUCAUGUACCGUAUGUUUCGCACUAUAGAGUGUUUGGCUAUACAGAGAGCUAACCAGCUAGUUAGCAUUUGAAGUGAACUUGCUAGAUGCUCAGAUUGCAUUUUUAAUACACGCUAUCCGUGUAAAAUGAGAUAAAUACGUUAGGCGCUUUUUUUACCUGACAUCUUGAUCUUGUUUUGACGCGACGCACGUUUCCAGGACACUAAACUAGUUGCUAAUUCCCAAACCACGUUAGCAUUGUUGUUGUUUUUUUUCAACGAGAAGGAGUUUUGGUUAAAACAGCUCUAUGCCGGCAGACAUGACCAUGUUGGCGGAUCACACAGCACGGCAGUUGCUGGACUUCAGUCAAAAGCUAGACAUCAACCUGCUGGACAACGUGGUCAACUCCAUGUACUAUGAUGUGGGAUCUCAGCAAAGACUGGCACAAGAAGUUCUCACCAACCUGAAGGACCACCCAGAUGCCUGGACCAGAGUGGACACCAUACUGGAGUUCUCGCAGAACAUGAAGACAAAAUACUAUGCUCUUCAGAUACUGGAGACCGUGAUCAAAACACGCUGGAAGAUUCUUCCUCGAAACCAGUGUGAUGGAAUUAAAAAGUAUGUCGUUGGGCUGAUUAUCAAGACUUCCUCUGAUUCCAACAGCGUAGAGAAGGAAGGGGUUUACAUAGCAAAGCUCAACAUGAUCCUGGUGCAGAUUCUGAAGCAGGAGUGGCCGAAGCACUGGCCCACGUUCAUCAGUGACAUUGUGGGAGCGAGUCGCACCAGCGAGAGCCUGUGUCAGAACAACAUGAUCAUCCUGAAGCUCCUCAGUGAGGAGGUGUUUGACUUCUCCAGUGGGCAGAUGACUCAGGUCAAAGCCAAACACCUGAAGGACAGUAUGUGCAACGAAUUUUCCCAGAUCUUCCAGCUGUGCCAGUUUGUCAUGGAAAAUUCACAGAAUGCCCCUCUGGUCCAAGCCACAUUGGAGACCCUCCUUCGUUUCCUGAACUGGAUUCCACUUGGCUAUAUAUUUGAGACCAAACUCAUCAGCACGCUGGUGUACAAGUUUCUGAAUGUUCCGAUGUUCCGGAACGUCACUCUGAAGUGUCUGACAGAGAUCGCAGGUGUCAGUGUCAGUCAGUAUGAGGAGCAGUUUGUCAACCUGUUCACUCUCACCAUGAUGCAGCUCAAACAGGCUCUGCAUUACAUGCUGCUGGUGUCUGAGGUGGAAGAGACGGAGAUCUUUAAGAUCUGUCUGGAGUACUGGAACCAUCUGGCCGCUGAGCUCUACAGAGAGAGUCCCUUCUCUACCUCCACCUCUCCACUGCUCUCAACCAGCCAGCACUUCGACGUGCCGCCCCGCAGACACCUCUACCUGCCUGUGCUGUCCAAGGUGCGUCUGCUGAUGGUGAGUCGCAUGGCCAAACCGGAGGAGGUUCUGGUGGUGGAGAACGAUCAGGGUGAGGUGGUGAGAGAAUUCAUGAAGGACACAGACUCCAUCAACCUCUACAAGAACAUGAGAGAGACUCUGGUCUACUUGACUCAUCUGGACUAUGCGGAUACGGAGCGGAUCAUGACAGAGAAGCUUCAUAAUCAGGUGAACGGUACUGAGUGGUCCUGGAGGAACCUGAACACGCUGUGCUGGGCCAUCGGCUCCAUUAGUGGCGCCAUGCAUGAAGAGGAUGAGAAGAGAUUCCUCGUCACCGUCAUUAAGGACUUGCUGGGUCUGUGUGAACAGAAAAGAGGGAAAGAUAACAAGGCCAUCAUUGCCUCAAACAUCAUGUACAUCGUCGGCCAGUACCCACGAUUCCUCAGGGCCCACUGGAAGUUCCUCAAGACUGUCGUCAACAAGCUGUUUGAGUUCAUGCACGAGACCCAUGACGGCGUGCAGGAUAUGGCCUGUGACACCUUCAUCAAGAUUGCUCAGAAGUGCAGGAGGCAUUUUGUGCAGGUUCAGGUAGGGGAGGUGAUGCCCUUCAUCGAUGAGAUCCUCAACAACAUCAACACCAUCAUCUGUGACCUGCAGCCGCAGCAGGUGCACACGUUUUACGAGGCUGUGGGCUACAUGAUCGGAGCACAGACAGACCAGACGGUCCAAGAGCGCCUGAUCGAGAAAUACAUGCUCCUCCCCAACCAGGUGUGGGACAGCAUCAUCCAGCAGGCCACCAAGAAUGUGGACAUCCUGAAGGACCCAGAGACGGUGCGCCAGCUAGGCAGCAUCCUGAAGACCAACGUGAGGGCGUGUAAAGCCGUGGGUCACCCAUUCGUCCUGCAGCUGGGCCGCAUUUACCUGGACAUGCUCAACGUCUACAAGUGCCUGAGCGAGAACAUCUCUUCUGCCAUCCAGAGCAACGGUGAGAUGGUGACCAAGCAGCCUCUGAUACGGAGCAUGCGGACGGUGAAGAGAGAGACGCUAAAGCUCAUCUCCGGAUGGGUCAGCCGCUCUAACGACCCGCAGAUGGUUGGAGAGAACUUCGUUCCACCUUUGCUGGAGGCAGUUCUCAUCGACUACCAAAGGAAUGUUCCAGCAGCUCGAGAACCAGAAGUGCUCAGCACUAUGGCAACCAUCGUCAACAAGCUCGGCGCUCACAUAACAGGAGAGAUCCCCAAAAUAUUCGAUGCUGUGUUCGAGUGCACCCUUGACAUGAUCAACAAGAACUUUGAGGAGUUCCCCGAGCACAGGACGCAUUUCUUCUACCUGCUGCAAGCUGUCAACUCCCAGUGUUUCCCAGCAUUCCUGUCCAUCCCACCAGCACAGUUCAAACUGGUUCUGGACUCCAUCAUCUGGGCCUUCAAACACACCAUGAGGAAUGUGGCCGACACAGGGCUUCAGGUCCUGUUCACGAUGCUGCAGAACAUCGCACAGGAAGAGGGAGCAGCUCAGAGCUUCUAUCAGACCUACUUCUGCGACAUCCUGCAGCACAUUUUCUCCGUUGUCACGGAUACGUCUCAUACUGCUGGUCUGACGAUGCACGCCUCCAUCCUCGCCUACAUGUUUAACCUGGUGGAAGAGGGUAAAAUCAGUGUCACUCUGAACGCAGGCACCACGAGCAACAAUCAAAGCUAUGUGCAGGAGUAUGUAGCCAGUCUGCUGAAGACGGCCUUCCCACAUCUGCAGGAUGCCCAGGUGAAGGUGUUUGUCACGGGUCUGUUCAGCUUGAAUCAGGACAUUCCUGCCUUUAAAGAGCACCUCAGGGACUUCCUGGUCCAGAUCAAGGUAUGUCACUUCCUUCCUGCUAGAUUGACUUUUCACAAUAUAAAUGGGUUCUACACAUGCAGGGUUGAAAAUGCACUUUUAUCCCAAUAG